AAAGGCUCUACAUAUGUUCACCGAAAUACCUUCUUUUCGCUGCCCAAGAAGUAUAAAAUCUGUGAAUAGCUUGUUGAAUGCACUUUUAGUUUGUAAAGAGUAUGCAAAGAUCGCUGAAAUAUUGAAGAACUUUGAAAGUUAUGGAACCCCAGAUGUUUGUACGUUUAAUAUACUGAUGAAUGCGAGUUGUUUGUGUGGCGAUUUGGAUAGAGCACGCGAAGUGUUCGCCGAAAUGCAAAAGAGAGGAGUUCAGCCAAAUGUGGUCACUUUCGGGACGCUGAUUAAUGGGCUUUGCGUGAACCAGGAGUUGAACGAGGCGUUUAGGAUGAAAAAGAUGAUGGAGAGGAAUUUCAAGUUGAAGCCUAAUGCUUUUGUGUAUGUCGCGUUGAUUAAAGGACUUUGUAUGGCUGAUAAUUUGGAUUCUGCUGUUGAGCUGAAGGAGGAGAUGUUGAAAAAGAAAGUGGAGUUGGAUUCAGCUGUAUAUUCUACUUUGAUUAGUGCAUACUUCAGGGUCGGUCGAAAGGAAGAAGUAUAUGGUUUGUUGACAGAGAUGGAAAAGAAUGGUUGCAAAUGUGACACAGUUACUUUCAAUGCAUUAAUGCACGGUUAUUGUCAGGAGAAAGAUUUCGAUUCUGCGUUUAGAGUUCUGGAUGAGAUGGAAGGGAAGGGGUGUAAACCCGAUGUAGUUAGUUGCAAUGUGAUACUUCGGGGCCUUUGUAAUGAUGGGAAAUUGAGAGAAGCAAGUGAACUAUUGGAUGAUAUGCCGAGACGAAGGUGUAAACCCGAUGUGGUUAGUUAUAGGAUAUAUUUCGAUGGGCUAUGUAAAGCGAUGCAGUUUAAGGAAGCUGCAGUUAUUUUGGAUGAGAUGAUUUUCAAAGGAUAUAUUCCUCGUGAUACAAGUUUAAAUAAAUUAUUCCACGGGUUAAUUCAAGAAGGAGAUAAGGAAUCAUUGCUGAGAGCUCUGAAUAAAAUGGCCUCUGUAAAUUGUAUUAGUCAAGAAGUGUGGGAAAUAAUGAUUUCAAUGAUGUGCCAACAAGAUAACUUGUCUAAUGCAUCUGGUCUUGUACGAAUGCUAGUGAUGGAGUAAACAAAUUCUCCUUGUAAUGGUUAAACACACCUUGUAGAUGUGCAUCUCACAUAUUUAACUCCCAAAUUCAUCUUGUCUGUGUCCAAACAACUUUGAAAUAUAACAAUGAUAUAUGCUUAAGCUUA